AUGUCGUCGGGACCAAAAUACAUUCGCUACCUUUUGUUUGCUGCUGCUGGAGUGGCAAUUUUCUUCUUUAUCUCCAGGAGCGCGAUUCCGAUCCCCGAAAAUAUCAGCUCUAAAUUGACUCCUUACAAAGACCACCACUCUAAUCCAGCUGGUGUAUCUGCCCCUAACGAUGCUUCCAUAAAACAACCUUACAACCAAACCUCCGGAAGCGCUGGCGCUCCUCCGGCUGGCCGGGUGAAUGCGACAUUUGUGACGUUAGCUCGCAAUUCAGACACUUGGGACAUUGCCAAAUCCAUCCGACAAGUCGAGGAUCGCUUUAACCGUGACUACCACUACGACUGGGUGUUCUUGAACGACAAGCCUUUCGAUGACACCUUCAAGAAGGUAACAACGGCGCUGGUGUCGGGAAAUACAUUUUAUGGAGUCAUUCCGACCGAGCAUUGGUCGUAUCCUAACUGGAUCGAUCAGAAUAAAGCCAGUGAGGUACGGAAGGAGAUGGGCGAGAAAAGAAUUAUUUACGGAGACUCUGAGAGCUAUCGACACAUGUGUCGCUACGAGUCGGGAUUCUUCUUCCGCCACCCACUGAUGUUGAAUUACGAGUACUAUUGGCGUGUGGAGCCAAGCAUCGAACUUUACUGCGACAUCGCAUUCGACCCAUUCCGCUUCAUGAAGGAGAACAACAAGAAAUAUAGCUUUGUGAUCAGCUUAUAUGAAUAUUACGACACUAUCCCAACCCUGUGGGACAGCGUGAAGAAAUUUAUGAAGAAUCACCCCGAACAUAUUGCCGAGGGAAAUUCGAUCGACUUUUUGAGCGACGAUGGAGGAGAGACAUACAACAAGUGCCAUUUCUGGUCAAACUUCGAAAUUGGAAGCUUGGAGUGGCUGAGAUCGAAGGAAUACAUCGAUUAUUUCGAAUCACUUGACCGCGACGGUGGCUUUUUCUAUGAACGUUGGGGAGAUGCUCCAGUUCACUCAAUUGCCGCUGGGUUGAUGCUGAAGAAGGAGGAGAUACAUUUCUUCAAUGAAAUUGCCUACUAUCACAUUCCUUUCACACAUUGCCCAACCGGCGAGCAGUUAAGACUGGAUCUGAAGUGCAACUGCAAGCCAGAAGAUAACUUUGACUGGAAGGGAUAUUCUUGCACAUCCCGGUAUUUCCAAAUCAACAACAUGAAAAAGCCCAAAGGCUAUGAAGACGAGCAGAGUUGA